CGGCACGCAGACUACAACAUCCGGGCGGCCCCGCGCACCCCGCUCCCCGGGAGCCGCGCACCUGUUCCUUCCGGUUCCGGGGCAGCGGGGGCGACCGGAGGAGACGUGUCCUUCCGUGGCCGCCGGUGGAGGGGAGAGCGGCGCGAUGGAGCUCGAGGCCAUGAGCAGAUACACCAGCCCGGUGAACCCGGCUGUGUUCCCGCACCUCACCGUGGUGCUGCUGGCCAUUGGCAUGUUCUUCACUGCCUGGUUCUUCGUCUAUGAAGUGACUUCCACUAAGUACACACGGGACAUCUACAAGGAACUGCUUAUCUCCCUGGUGGCUUCACUUUUCAUGGGCUUUGGAGUUCUCUUCUUGCUGUUGUGGGUCGGUAUCUAUGUGUGACAUUAAGCCAGGGACCUACUCUAGAUUUCAGGUGGAAGGCCUCACAGAAGCUCCAUCUUUUUUCUAUUUUUGUACUUUAAGGAUAUGGCCUAUUGCAGAUGCAGACUCUGUGUCCUGCCAAGUGACAUCACCUCAAGCCUGAAUAAAGCUGGUUCUGUGAUGUAGCAAA